AUGGCAUUCGAGCAAAACUGCACCAGGAGAUGCGGUAGCAUCGACGUUCCCUACCCGUUCGGCAUCGAGCCUGGCUGCUACCGGGAGGGAUUCGACCUCUCCUGCGACGUAACCGAAUCCAAACUCUACGCUGGCAACAUACAAGUCAUCGGUGUGGAUGUUCCGAAUGGGCAAGCAAGAGUGUACAAGCGCAUAUCUUGGGACUGCGACGACUCCGUCUUCCCAGCCAAAGUAUCAAUCGCAAUGGACCUUACUGGUUCGCACUACACGUUCUCCGACACCCGCAACAAGUUCACGGCCAUCGGAUGCGACACCAUCGCGCUCUUCGUCGGUGCCACUGAUCAGUCCUAUUCGACCGGCUGCGUGUCUAUCUGCAACGACAACACCACUUUCAGCAACGGUUCCUGCUCCGGCGCCGGCUGUUGCCAGACCUCCAUUCUCCGUGGGCUUCAAUUCUUCAACAUAACCUUUUCCUCCACCGGCCACGAGGAGAUCUCGUGGGACAACCCCUGUAGCUUUGCUUUCCUCGUCGACGGCAGUUGGUACUCCUUCCGAACCACCGAUCUCAAUGGAACUGACUUCUUUUACAGAAAUGGCGGCCGAGUUCCGAUGGUGCUGGACUGGUCGAUCGGCGACGACGUGGGAUGCGAGGAAGCACCGCAAAAUUUGACCUCCUACGCAUGCCGCAGCAAUAACAGUUCCUGCCUCAACGCCACCAAUGGCAUCGGAUAUCUCUGCAAUUGCUCGGGCGGUUAUCACGGCAACCCCUACGUGGAAGGCGGAUGCGAAGACAUCAACGAGUGCGAUCACCCAGAAAAGUAUCCAUGCCAUGGAUUGUGCGCCAAUUUACCUGGGAAUUACUCAUGCAUAUGCCCCGAAGGCAUGAGCGGCGACCCUUUCUUAUCGGCAUGUCAUAGUUACAGUUCAAGCUCCUCAAGUUCGAAAACUAUCAUCGUAGCCAGUGUAAGCGUUGGAGGGGGCAGUGUUCUGCUUCUCGUAGCUACUGUUGCACUAUCGAGAAUGGUGAAGCGGAGAACCGUCCAGAAAAGGAAGGAGAAAUUCUAUCAGCAGAAUCUAGAGUUGCUAAGAAAAGAACAAUCUUCUUCUUCGGAUGUAGCUCUGAUCGAAAGGAUGAAGAUCUAUGAGCUGGAGGAGUUGGAAAAGGCCACCAAUCAUUUCGACAAAACCAGAAUCAUCGGCGGUGGAGGCCAUGGGCACGUCUAUAAAGGAAUCCUGUCCGACCAACGUGUGGUUGCCAUUAAAAUGCCCAAUAUAAGCAAUCAAGUUGAGCUUGCCCAAUUCAUCAAUGAAGUCUUCAUUCUUUCUCAGACGAACCACAGGAAUGUGGUUAAGUUAUUCGGGUGCUGCCUACAGACCCAAGUCCCCUUGCUAGUUUUCGAGUUCAUCUCCGGUGGUACGCUCUCCGAUCAUCUCCUCGCUGGCAAAGGGGUCUCCCCUCUGUCGUUCGAAGACCGUUUAAGGAUUGCCACAGAAGUAGCAAAAGCACUGUCCUAUCUCCACACCGAAGCUUCCGUAACCAUUUUCCACAGAGAUAUCAAGUCGUCCAACGUACUACUCGACGAGAGGAACACCGCAAAACUAGCGGACUUCGGUGCUUCCAGGUCUGUUUCCUUCGAGCAAACUUCGGUAGCUACCGCUGUUCAAGGAACACUUGGGUAUCUAGAUCCUGAGUACCAACAAACAGGAAGACUAACUGAGAAAAGCGAUGUGUAUAGCUUCGGAGUCAUUCUGGCAGAGUUGCUGACAGGCCACCUUGCCAUUCCUCGCCAGGAGAACAAUGUGGUGAGAUAUCUAGUCAUGGAUUUCCUAGUUGCACUCAAAGAGAAUUCGCUAUUUAAGGUUCUAGAUCCUCUGGUUCUCAACGAGGGGAGCCACGAGGCAGUUGAAAGGAUCGCAAGGCUGGCGGAGACGUGUCUCAAACUGAGCGGUAAUGACAGACCAACGAUGAGAGAGGUGGAGGAUGAGCUCGAAGCCAUAAGAUCUAAGAAGGCACAAGCUGAUGAUACCAUGGUUUCGGUGAAUAGUGGACGUUCCAGUGUCGGAGGAGGCGCUGCAUCAUCCGAAAUUAGUCGAAGAAUUAGAACGGGAAAAUAUAGAUCCGAAAGACAGUUCUCAAAUGAUGAUGGCAUAGAUCUUGGGAAUCCUGGGAUCACAAGCCGUCUCGGGAGCACAACAUCAUCCGAAGCAAGUGGGAGGAGUUCAACCACGCAGUAUAGCAUGGAGAUGGAAGUUAAAGAGAAUAUGUGA